UCGUUAGCUGCGCGUGCACGAGAUCGAUGAGCAACGCCGUGCACGCGCGGCAGACAGAAGCCGGAAACAUGGCGGCGCUCAUGUCACUGACUCAGAUAUCAAAUGGAAACCCAGUAUAUGAAACCUUUUACAGACAGGUCGACCCAGGAAACUUGGGCAAAGUCGGGGCGGCAGAAGCAGCACAGUUUUUAAAGAGGUCAGGACUUUCAGACAUUAUUCUGGGCAAGAUUUGGGAUUUGUCCGACACAGAGAGAAAGGGCUACCUGGACAAGCGGGGCUUCUUUAUUGCUCUAAGACUUGUUGCUUUAGCUCAGAAUGGCAGCGAUGUCAGCCACGCCAGCCUGAGCCAGACCAUGUCACUACCUGCUCCUAAAUUUAGAGACACAAGCAGUCCAUCUUUAAUAUCAGCAUCUUCCAGUGACUCUACGUGGACAGUGAAGUUUGAUGAAAAAUCUAAGUAUGACGGCAUAUUCGAGAGUCUUUUGCCCAUCAAUGGGCUUCUGUCAGGAGAUAAAGUAAAGCCAGUCCUCAUCAAUUCAAACCUGCCUCUAGAUGUGCUUGGGAAGAUUUGGGAUCUCAGUGACAUUGAUAAAGAUGGACAUCUGGAUAAAGAAGAGUUUGCAGUGGCUAUGCAUUUGGUAUACCGAGCCCGAGAGAAAGAACCAGUUCCUUCCAUUCUACCAAUAUCCAUGAUUCCUCCAUCCAAGCGGAAGAAGAGUGCAAUGGGUCUGCCUGGUUCUGUGCCCGUUCUGCCCUCUAGUCCUUUCCUCAUGAAGGAGAGCCUUCGUCCCACAGCUCCUCUCUCCAAGAGCCCUCUGACCAUCGGUUCCAACCUCUCGCCUUCAAACUCCUUCAGGAGCUCCAGCCCAAGUCGUAGUCUCAGCCCAGCACCACAGCUGACUGUUUCAACAAACUGGGUGGUGCCGCAGGAAGACAGGGAGCAGUAUGAGGAAAUCUUCGAGCUGGCUGACUCUGAUUUCGACGGAAUGGUCGGAGGGGGUGAAGUUAAGGACAUCUUCAUAAACUCAGGACUGCCCCAGACUGUCCUGGCCCACAUCUGGUCACUGGCUGACACCAAAAGUGUAGGGAAACUGACCAAAGAGCAGUUCUGUCUGGCUAUGCACCUUAUUCAGCAGGCGGUCAAAGGUGCUGACCCACCUAAGAGCCUGAACCCUGAUAUGAUUCCUCCUUCAGAGAGGGGUUCUGCUCCUCCAACCGCAAUCUCAUCAGAAAUCUCCUCAUCAGUGGUUUUUGAGUUGCCUGCAUUCUCCAGUUUGUCGAGAGAGGUUAUUAGUCCAGUGGUGCCAGUGGAGUUGACAGGAAACAAAGAGCUUGAUGACAUUAGUCAAGAAAUAGCACAGAUUCAGAGUGAGAAGCGCAGUAUAGAGCUGGAGAUCAGGCAGAGGGAGGAGACGCUUCGUCAGAAGAACAGUGAAGUGCAUGGCAUGCAAUUAGACCUGGAGCAAGAGAACAGCGGUGUGCGAGAGCUAGAGCGGCAGACCCUGGACGCUCAGAACAGACUGCAGGAGAUGGAGCAUCAGAGGAGCAAACUGGAGAGCAAAGUGUCCGAGGCCAAGAGCAAAUUCCAGGAGGAGAGCAGCAAGAUCUCCUCUUUGCAGACGCAGAUCAUAUCUCAGGAGGCGAUUCAGCAGACCCAGGAGAAGGAGAUGAACAGGACCAAGACUGACUUGUACUGCCUGGAGCAGGAGGAGAAGCAGCUGGAGGAGAGUCUGCGUGCAGGAAAAGCCAAACUAGAGAGCAUCCUAAAACUGCUCAAAACCUCUCAGAAUGAGAUGACUGAGGUACAGGAAGAGAUCUCUCAGAUCCAGGAGAGCCAGAAGGAGCUGAAUAAGACCAUUGAGCGCUUCGACAAAGUUCUCAACAGCAGCAUGAGCAGUCUGGCAGAAAUUGACCAGCUCCUUGCUGAGGAGGGUUCGGGGCUCAGUAGCACCGUGGAGGACUCCUCCUUCAAGUCGAGGCUGGCUAUGUUUAACAACAACGCGGCACAGAACUUCAGCGUGGAUCCCUUUCAGACUGAGGACCCCUUCAAAAGCGACCCCUUCAAUAAAGCCGACCCGUUUGGAGGAGAUCCGUUCAGACAGAGCGACCCUUUCAAAGACCCAUUCAGCAGCUCGGAUCGCUUCACAAAAAGCCCCAACAGCCCGUUAAACGCCAGCCCUUUUGGAAGGCAGGGGAAUCUCACAUCCGUCACUUCUCCCAAGUUUAAAGACUCAGAUCCCUUUGCCUCAACGGACACUUUUGACUCUUUUGGCGGGAACGGUGGCUUUGCAGACUUUGGAAACAUGUCAAAGGGCUCCGGCGGGCACCCGAAAAGCCGAAAACCCACCUACCCGCUGCCUCCACCCAAAAAAUCUGUACCAGCUAGACCAGCACCACCUCCUUAUGCAGGAGUUGCAGCUCAUAGGCAAACGCUCGGUGUUUCCCGCUUUCCAACGCCGAACAGAGACUCUCGCUCCUCGUCGCCGUCCAGUAGAUCCGCCUUAACAGACUCUCUUGCUCUCACAGACCUUAGAGCCUUCGGAAAUGAAGUCGAACAGCUGGAGUGGGCCAAGCGAGAGAGUAAGAGGGAGGAGGAGCGGGUGAGGAAGCUCCGCCUCCAGGAGCAGCAGGAUCUGGAGCUGGCUCUCGCUCUCAGCCGGGUUGACAUGUCCAGAACGUGAGGCUAGUCCACAGCGUGUUGUCCAGAGCCCAGCGCUGCACUGUAGCCAUCCUAAAUACCGCUUCCUCCGAGGGUAAAAAACAACAGAACACAGGGUCCAUUGAAAUUCUCACUGUCGAGCGUUUUUCCCCUGAGCUUUGAGGCUCGCAUAACUCAGUUGUUUUCCCUGCUGCUAAAAUUGCACUCAAUCCCACAUUGCCUUACACACGGGGCAAAACCAAAUCUCUCAUGGGUGCUUCCCAGGUUCGGAUUUUAACGCAUUGACAAAACUAUACUGAACAAAUAGCAGAAUAAAUUUCUUUUAUUUUAAUUUUUUUUAUUAUCUCGGGGCAAUACAAAAUGCAACACUGUUAGCAGUGUGUGGCGUGUCACCAUUUAGUGGCCUUGAUUAGAAAAAGAUUCUUCUUCUGCUCUGUUGGCUUUGGCACUGAAACAACUUCUUUUAUUCAGGAGUUUAUACACAAAAUGCACCUCAAUGAACUGUAUUUAUUAUUUUCUAGCAUACAUCGUUUUAUAAACACAUUUAUUGGUA